CUAUUUUGGCUCAAGCAUCCUCGGAUCGCGGUCCUGUGCGUACACAUACACAUUACACGGUACUUCGCUGGCAAGCUCUUCUCGCGCUCGCGGAAGCAGCCGACUUCGAUCUGCAGGAUGGCGGCCCAGAGGGCACCCUGCAUCGUGUGGUUGGUGGGGGCGCUGGCCCACGGUGUGCCAGCGGCAGUUUCUCUCCAUGCGGGGUCCACGGCUCAUGCGACCGGUGACUCUGCGAUGCCACCCGCAGCUCGAACCUCUGCGUGGGCCUGCACCUCGAUCGCUGCGAGCAGUUUCGCCGCCCAGUACGACUCCUACAUCUCUGGCAACACAAUCGUUGUCACGACCAACGCGGGAAGCCAGUAUGGGCGAGCGUACUACUCGUGGGCAAACUCGGGGGGAUUCCGGAUCUAUUUCGACAUGUAUUAG